UUUCAAUCUGUCAAAGUAUGUUGCAUGUGAUCACAGUAGAUCAAGAUUCAAUAAAUAAUAGUUCAAUAUGAAUUUAACUGAAAUUUUGGUUUAAACCUUAUGAACAAGCAAUGAAGGCCUAUAUUUUUCUAAUUGCUGGGUCUAUGGUAAUGUUUAGCAUGUAUUACAAUAACCCAUUCUCAAAUAUUGGAUACAGUUAUGUAAAUUCUGGAUUUAGAGACACAAUCGCUGGAUCCAAAAACAUAAAAUCUGGAUACGAAGAAACAAAUUCUGGAUACAAAGAUACUAAUUCUGGAUACAAAGAUAUAAAUCCUGGAUACAAAGACACAAAUUUUGGAUACAAAGACACAAAUUCUGGAAACGAAGACACAAAUUCUAGAAAUGAAGAAACAAAUUCUAGAUACAAAGACACAAAUUCUAGAAAUGAAGAAUCAAAUUCUGGAUACAAAGACACAAAUUCUAGAAAUGAAGAAUCAAAUUCUGAAUAUAAAAACAGAGAUCUUGGAGAAAAAAAUACCAACAUAUGGGAUGUAGAAAUAAGUGACAAUGACACUAAUGUUAUCGAAAUCAUAUCUGAUAAUUAUUGGGAACAUUUUAAAAAAGACUGCAAAAAUGGUACUCUCUGCUCACUGAAUAGGCCUACAAUAGUAAAAUACAAGCAUAACACAAACCCUUGUAUAAAACCUGAAGACUGUGUAACUAUUAUAACCAAGACAGGUAAUAGGUUAGAAGAAGUGAUAAAUAUGACUAAAUCAAUUAGGAAUUAUUACCCCAAAAUACAAAUUGUUAUCAUCAAUGAUGAGCCAUUAGCUUUGGAGGCGUACAGGGGGAAAUAUGACACAAAGAUUGCCCAUGAUUUUGAAUUCUUUCUUCAGAAGACCAAUAAUGUGACAUAUAAGAAACUGGAAGGAGACAUUGGCUUAAGUAAGGGUAGGAAUAUUGCAGCGAAUCUUUCAUCGACAAAAUAUGUCUUCGUUAUGGAUGAUGAUGUCAGAUUCACACAGUUGACAAACCUUUCCAAACUCGUUGAAGUUUUAGAAAAUACUGAUUUAAGCAUUAGCUGUGCAAAAUAUUCAAAUACUUAUUUUGGUAUAUUACGAUUCAAAGAAUUGAAAGGUGGUAUGUUUAACCAACUUAAAGCUGGCAAGUAUAGCUAUAAUGAGUUACGUCGGUUUCCUAAAUGUUAUUCAUUGGACGUGUGUCAAAACGUCUUUCUUGCUAACCGUGAACACCUUUUAAAGAUUGGAGGAUGGGAUGCCAGUCUUAAAACUAAAGAACAUAGUGAUUUUUUUAUUAAUGUAAAAUACCAUGGAUACAAGGUAGCUAUGUGUUAUGGGGUAAGUCUAUUUCAUGACAGUAAAGAAAAUGACCUGUUGCGUAGUUCCAGGUUAGAUACUUUUGUAAAAUAUGCCAGGAAGUAUUCAUCAAAAUGGAAUAUAUCACAAAUAAGAGGAAAGUCAAUAAUGGACAGGUAUCAUCGAGCCAUGACUAAAAAAUCUGAUGAUACAAAAAUUCACCUCAAAAAGAGUGGGGAAAAAUAGAAUUUGUGAACUUGAUGGCAUUGCUCGUGUAAUAAUUAUCAACUGUAUCAGUUGAAGAUGAUACCUGUAGCUAUUUUCAAGAAAUUUUGAAAACAAUGUGAACGCUUUUUCUCAGUCCCAAUAUUGUUUCUCCCAUUGACUGAAAUAUUUAGAAACCUUGAAAUGUGAACACCUGCUAAUCCAAACACUUUUGGCCGGUCCCAGUGGCAUUUGGAUGAGACAGGUUUUACUGUACAUGUAUAUCUAUUGUUAUAGUGAACAGUACGAAAUAUUAAACAAAAAGUAUUUUAUCAUCAACAAUUGUGUGUUAACUUAAAAUUAAAUAGUUUCUUCCUCCCUUUUCAAACCGUGUACAUGUAAUUACCGAAAUGGGAGUAGGUAGUUACCAGUUUCACCACCAGGUGGCUGAUUCGGGUCAAUUAACAUGGCAGGUAUAUAAGUUCCCUUAAACUUGAAUAUUAUCAAUUUAAGUGGCUCAAUUUUCAUAUAACCCUUAUGUGUCUGAUUAUUAUACUAAUGAAAAUAUGUCCAGUAAAGCAAAAUAUUAUCUGUCUACUAAAAGAAAAGAUAUUUCAUUUUUUGUGAUUUUAUAGCAUGGGGUCUAUGGGGAAUCUCCCC